CCUGGCGUUUCCGCUCUACUUUGCUCUACUCAGAGCGGCGCGGAUCUGAGCGAGCGCAGGGUACUGGAUCCGCCGAUGCCCUGGCCGCGUGGGAGGUGACCGGCUACUGCUGUGUCUGCCGGAACGGGGGCUGAGAUCCGGCGUGUGGCUGCCGGGGAUGCUGCGCGGAGGCGCUGUUCUGGUGGCUUUGUGUCUGCACCUCGCUUAGAGUCUCGCUAUGGAUGCUACACUCUCCUUCAGCUCCCAGGACAACUUCCUGCUGGCCGGCUGUGCCGAUUCAGGACCAGGCUGCUGGAAACACCCCAGCGAAGAUUCUGACCGUAGCUGCAGCCCUUCAGUUCUGCGGUCUGUGGCCAGUGCCUGGAAGGAGGGACUGCUGAACCGGAAGAGGCCAUUUGUGGGCCGCUGCUGUCACUCCUGCACCCCACAGAGCCAGGAGAAGCUCUUCAACUCCAGCAUCCCAUCACUUGGCCUACGCAAUGUGAUCUACAUCAAUGAAACGCACACCAGGCACCGUGGCUGGCUGGCCCGGCGUCUCAGCUACGUCCUCUUUGUCUUGGAGCGUGACGUCCACAAGGACAUGUUCGCCCGCAAUGUGGUGGAAAACGUGCUGCACAGCAGCAGUGUGGAGAGGGCCGUCACAGAGGUGGCUGCAGAGACGCCACCUGUCCUGGCGGAGCCCGCGGCAGAGCAGCAGGCCAUCGUCAGGGUUAGGCGAAAGGCCCGCAGUAUCCUGCAGGAAAUGGUGGCCAAUAUCUCGCCCGCUUUCAUCAGGUUGACGGGCUGGGUGCUGCUGAAGCUGUUUAACGGAUUCUUCUGGAGCAUCCAGAUCCACAAGGGGCAGCUGGAGAUGGUGAAGAAGGCGGCGACUGAGCAAAAUGUCCCCCUGGUCUUCUUACCUGUGCACAAGUCACACAUUGACUACCUCCUGAUCACUUUCAUCCUCUUCUGCCACAACAUAAAAGCCCCUCACAUCGCUGCUGGCAACAAUCUCAACAUCCCCAUCCUAAGCACGCUGAUCCGCAAGCUGGGCGGCUUCUUCAUCCGGCGCCGGCUGGAUGAGACUGCAGAUGGGAAGAAGGAUGUCCUGUACCGCUCCAUAUUGCACACGUACACAGAGGAGCUCCUCCUGCAGCAGCAGUUCCUCGAGUUCUACCUGGAAGGCACGCGUUCUCGCAGUGGGAAGCCAUCCCCAGCCCGAGCCGGCAUGCUCUCCAUUGUGGUGGAUGCGCUCUGCACUGGCAGUGUACCGGAUGUACUGCUUGUGCCCGUUGGCAUCUCCUACGACCGCAUAAUUGAGGAAAAUUACAACAGCGAGCAGCUGGGCAAGCCGAAGAGGAACGAGAGCCUGUGGGGUGUGGCCUGUGGAGCGUUUCGGAUGCUCCGGAAAAACUGUGGCUGCGUGAGGGUUGAUUUCACCCAGCCUUUCUCCCUCAAGGAGUACCUCGACACCCAGCGAAGUCGGCAGCUUCCGGUGCCUCUGUCACUGGAGCAGAUGCUGGUUCCGAACAUCAUCGCAGCCCAGCCGGACCAAGCUGCUUUCGCUGGUGAGGAAGAGGAGCAGUUUGAUGGUGGGGACCUCUCAAAUGAGCCCUGCAGAAGACACGUCAUUGCCAAUCUGGCCAAGCACGUGCUUUUCACGGCCAGCAGAUCAUCCGCUGUCAUGUCGACACACAUCGUGGCCUGUCUGCUCUUGUACCGGCACAGACCGGGCAUCGCCUUGUCCCGGCUGGUGGAGGACUUCUUCAACAUGAAGGAGGAGAUUCUGUCUAGGGACUUCGACCUGGGCUUUUCGGGCAGCUGUGAAGACGUGGUCAUGCAUGCCCUGCACCUGUUGGGCAACUGCGUCAACGUGACGAGUGCCGGCCGCAACACCGAGGUCGUGGUAUCCCCCAGAAACACGGUACCUGCCCUCUUCGAACUCAACUUCUACAGCAAUGGUCUCUUCCACGUCUUCAUCGCCGACGCUAUCAUAGCGUGCAGUGCGCUCGCCCUGCUGAGGGAGUCUGAGGCUGAGCCUGGCUGCAGCAGGACGCUGCUCAGUCAGGAGGCACUCAUCCGCCGGGCCGCUGGUCUCUCCCACUUCCUGUCCAAUGAGGUGGCCGUUGCCUUGCCCUGUCAGAUGAUUUACCAAGUGUUCCACGACGCCGUGGGCCGGCUGGUCCAGUACGGGGUGCUGCACGUCGCUGAGGAUGACCAGGAAGAACUCAGCCCUGGCGCCACUGAAGAACCCUGGAACCAGCGGUACCCCGAGCCCCUCUCGUGGCGCAGUGACGAAGAGGACGAAGACAGCGACUUUGGUGAGGAGCAGAGAGACAGGUACCUGAAGCUGAGCCCGUCCUCUGAACACCAGGAGUUCAUUGCAUUCCUGCAGCGGCUCUUGAGCCCAGUGCUGGAGGCUUACGCGGGGGCGGCCAUCUUUGUGUUAGGCCUGGAGCAGCCAAUCACAGAGAGCGACUAUACCACACAGCUUUUCCGCUUCCUGCUGGCUCGCACUGAGAAGGGGGUCGCUGCUUACGGGGAGAGUGCAACGCACUACCUGGUGAAGAACACCGUGAAGACCUUCAAGGAACUUGGGGUCCUGAAGGAGAAGCCAGGGGGUAGAGUGGUGGUCCUGGAGCUGAGCAGCACCUUCCUCCCCCAGGCCAGCCGCAGGAAGCUGUUGGAAUACAUCCUGAGCUUCGGCCUCCUGUAGGGGGCACAGUGCCCCCUGCCACCGGCACAUGGAGGCCCACCUCUACACUGCUCACCACUCUGUGAAGGGCUUUUGCUGGCUACUUAACACAAACAAUAAGGUGCUAAUCUAUAGAAAAUCUACCUGAAAGUGCCUUUAUAGAAGCAGCAGAAGCACCAGCUGGGAGGGCUUAGCCUUUAACACGCCCCCGGAGAUGCAGGCAGAUCUUAAGCAUUUGUGGUAGAGAAUGUAACACCCUCAUGCUAAUUGGCUAUUCUAAAGGACAACCUGCUUUUGUAGAGAGCGCCCAUUUUGACCUCAUCUCCAUAGAGACGCCACCACCCAAUUAAGUAUUGGAGUGCAUUCCCCCCCCCCACAGGGCGGUGCAAAGUGGCAUGGAGGCUUGGGCCCCAUGCGCUGGUGCCCACCGCAGGUCGCGGAAACACUGCAGCUGCCUGUGUGGGUCUGCGUGACUUUCUCAUGCAUAGAGGCUGCAGCAGCCACAUUACGGUAUGUUAUGAGGAAAUGGUGCAUAUGCUUAGAACUGAACUGUGGGUAUACUAAUCAUUUUCCCAAGGGAUAAUAUAAUUAAUAUAACAUGACUGUAAUAAUUCAUACAAAAACCCGUGAGUGGUUUUUGCUUUUGUGUGUUUAUGUCUGGCAUUUUCGGCUAAAAAUGUGUGCCAGUAACUACUGGUAAAGUCUACAGGCAAAUGGGUCUCGUUCCUUGUGAUUUCAGUCCCUGGCUCUGAAUGGCAUUUUAUGUUUAGUUCUUAUUAGAAUAACAACUAGCUGUAGAAUUUACAUGUUUUAACUGCUGAGUCCCUGUCGCGCGCGUGGUCUGAGUCGCGCGCGUGGUCUGAGUCGCGCGCGUGGUCUGAGUCGCGCGCGUGGUCUGAGUCUCGCGGUCACAGGCUAAUCCUGGCGCUUAGAGCUGUAUGUCACGCCAGGCAGCAUGCUGGCCAUCUAACCUAACCUGACCUGAGAACAUUGACAUCUUAGCAUGAUUUCAUGGAAACCCUGGACUGUAGCUCUCAUGGUUGUGUUUGUGACUGUCUCCAUUGGUUUCAUGGUGACAGCAUAUUUGAGGUUCAAGCCUAUAACUGAUUUUUUUUUUUUUUUUUUUUUUUUAAAAAGGUAUGUAUUUUUCAAGAAUCCAGGUUCAUAAAUAAAUGCAACCAUAGCCUGCUGUAGAAUUAUAAACAUACUUCUCGGGAGCCUCAGAAGAAACCGGUCUGUCUCACAUGAGGCCUUUUAGGAGUUAAACAAAGCUGUGAAAAUAAAUCCGUUUCAUUCAUGUUGCAUUUCUGUGCAUGCUUGCGAGACCUUUUUCAUCUGACUGGAGUGUGGCUCUGUCACCUGCCUCAGGUGGGGAAUGUUUGGAUUUACUAUCUGGUAAAAGCAAUAAGCAGCAUUACUUUUAUGAAUGAGCUACUUUUUAUCAUGCAUAUUUUGAGUGACAGCAGCAUAUUUAAGUACAGCUGUUUCUGAAAUUUGAUGAUUAAUAUAUUUCAGAAGAGUCUCAGAUAGCUGGAUCAGAUCCUGUCUCACUGCUCUACACUAUCGACAGCCAAAUGAUCAAUGCAUUUACUUUGAAAGUGGAAAUAUAGCAAAAAUGGAUAGUUCAUGUCACAACUACUGUACGAUGUAGCUAAGCUCUCCACAGCAUAUCUGCGAAGGAUUCUUUCACAACAUACAGUACCAGUCAAAAAUCUGGAACCACCAAGCCUCCUACAGAAGAGAGUGAUAGUGUGUCGCAUCACAUGACCUGGCCACCCGACUUAAACACAAUAAAAAUGGUUUUGGAGGAGUUUAACCAGGGACUGAAGGAAAAGUGGUUAAUGAGAGCUCAACAUGUUCAGGACAACUGGAAAGAGCUUCCCAGGAGAGCACCACAGAGGAGACAGCGGGUGAGCCAGUCCCUGAGCAAAUUGGAGUUAAGGGCCUUGCUCAAGGGCCCAAUGAUGGUAUCACUCUGCCAACCCAGGGAUUUGACCCGGCAACCUUCUGAGUCCUAACCCAAAGACCUGUGCCCCUCCCCAGCAAAUUUUUUCUAUACGUUCUUCAUCAGUGCAUAAUGUAUGUUGUUGUAUAGUUUUGAUGUCUUAAGUAUUCUAAAAUGUAGAGAAUAGUACAAAUAAACCUUUCUGUGGGGAGAUGUGCCCAAACUUUUGACUGGUACACUGCGCAGCCUAUUUUACUACUGUCUUCCAUGUAAUGUGACAUCUAUACAAAGUACAGCCAAGGUAAGAAACAGCUCUGGGGUUUUUUACUAAGGUGAACUAAGCUGUGACCUCUGUAUUCACUGCUACAGGAAGCUACUUGCUAAGCUAAACGUCCAUCUAGUUUGUUUUUCAAUAAAACAAUGGAUCCAAUGCGA